CCCCAGCUGGACCGUGCGCGGCCCCUGAAUGUGUGUAUUAUCAGUAAGAUGGCGGAUCAUUGGUAGACAGUCAGUGUCGGUGUCUAUGCGAGGGAGGGAGCAGCAUUACCAACGACAACACGCAGAGCGAACCGGAAUCUCGCUCAGUAAUGGUCUUUAGUUAGCAGAUGUCCCGAACUCACUGCUGGGAUUUUUUAAUUUUAAAGAGAGCAAUCUUCCACGAAUCAUGAAAUUUGCCGAACAUUUAUCAGCUCACAUCACGCCGGAAUGGCGCAAACAGUACAUCAGUUACGAGGCUUUCAAAGAGAUGCUGUAUGCAGCCCAAGACCAAGCACCGUCUUUAGAAGUUACAGAUGAAGAUACUGUUAAGAGAUAUUACGCCCGAUUUGAAGAGAAAUUCUUCCAGUGUUGCGAAAAGGAACUUGCCAAAAUCAAUACAUUCUAUUCAGAAAAGCUUGCCGAAGCUCAGCGCAGGUUCGCUACACUCCAGAAUGAGUUACAAUCAACACUUGAAGUGCAGAUGGACCGCAACACGUUCGCCAGUUUGCGGCAACGGAGGAUUGUGGUCCCUCUCUCUUAUAAGGAUCGUGUACAUCAUAGGAACAUUCGUGACCUGAAGUUAGCCUUCAGUGAGUUCUACCUCAGCCUGAUCCUACUUCAAAACUACCAGAAUCUGAAUUUCACUGGUUUCCGAAAGAUUCUGAAGAAGCAUGACAAGAUGCUGGAGACAGGUCGUGGGGUUGACUGGCGGGUAGUGCAUGUCGAGGUGGCUCCGUUCUACACCUGCAAGAAAAUCACUCAGCUCAUCAGUGAAACAGAGGCCCUUGUUACAACAGAAUUGGAAGGAGGUGACAGGCAGAGAGCCAUGAAGAGAUUGCGAGUACCACCCCUGGGAGCUGCUCAGCCAGCCCCUGCCUGGACCAUAUUCAGGGUGGGAAUGUACUUUGGAAUUUUUGUUGUGCUGCUUGCUGCUCUGGUGCUCAUAGCCAGAUCAAAACAGGGAAACAUUUGGCCUUUGGUGCGUAUUUAUCGUGGUGGAUUCCUUCUCAUCGAGUUUCUCUUUCUUCUUGGCAUCAACACAUAUGGCUGGCGGCAAGCUGGAGUGAAUCACGUGCUGAUCUUUGAACUCAAUCCUAGAAGCAAUCUCUCUCACCAGCAUCUCUUUGAGAUUGCUGGAUUCCUUGGAGUUCUUUGGGGCUUGAGUUUAUUCAUCAGUUUGUAUGUGCCAUACAGUUUAAUUCCAAUGCCAUUCAACCCCCUCGUACUUUAUGGCUUUAUGUUCCUGUUUCUGAUCAAUCCUACAAAAACCUGCUACUACAAAUCUAGGUUCUGGCUCUUAAAACUUUUGUUCAGAGUCUUCACAGCUCCAUUCCACAAAGUAGAGUUUGCUGAUUUCUGGCUGGCUGACCAGUUGAACAGCCUGGCCACAAUCCUGAUGGAUCUGGAGUACAUGAUCUGCUUUUACAGCUUUGAACUGGAUUGGAGCACAGAAGAUGCCCUCAUUAAAUCUUCAGGUGUUAAUACAUGCAACAGCUACUCCUAUGGAGUAAGAGCCAUCAUCCAAUGUCUGCCUGCAUGGUUGCGCUUCAUCCAGUGCCUUCGGCGCUACCGAGACACCAAGCGAGCGUUCCCUCAUCUGGUCAAUGCCGGAAAGUAUUCUACAACAUUCUUCGUAGUGACCUUUGCUGCUCUGUACAGUACACACAAAGAACAGGACCACGACGAUGCAGUGGUGUUUUUCUACCUGUGGAUCGUCUUCUUAUUGAUCAGCUCAUGUUAUACUCUCACCUGGGACCUGAAGAUGGACUGGGGACUCUUUGACAAAAAUGCUGGAGAGAACACCUUCUUGCGCGAGGAGAUUGUCUAUCCUCAGAAGAUUUAUUACUACUGUGCCAUUGUAGAGGAUGUCAUUUUGCGAUUUGCGUGGACAUUGCAGAUUUCAGUCACCUCAAUGACCGCCUUCUCUUCAGCGGGAGACAUAAUCGCCACAGUGCUGGCCCCAUUGGAAGUUUUCCGCCGGUUUGUGUGGAACUUCUUCCGUCUGGAGAAUGAGCAUCUGAACAACUGUGGCGAAUUCCGUGCCGUGCGUGAUAUCUCAGUGGCACCUCUCAAUGCUGAUGACCAGACCCUUUUGGAGCAGAUGAUGGACCUCGAGGAUGGUGUGCGGAAUCGCCAGAAAACCAAAUUUUGGAAGCGCGCUUACAGCAUCUCGAUGCGCAAACCACUAGUGAAACGUGAUGCAGCCGUGUUAAUUGAAGACACAGAUGAUGAAACGUUCACAUGAGAAUCAGCAGCAAGCAGGCACUGUCCUUCACACGUUCCAGUUCUACCAAGCACUGAACACAAUCUGCCAUCGCAUGUGGCAACAGACUUGAUUCCAUUUUUCUUCCUUUGUUUUAAUAUAUUAAUUUAAACCAAUUCAAGAAGGUUGUAAAGAACAAUUUUACAACAGACAGCAAAACAUAUCCACAUGGAUCAAAUCAAAUGGACAGACUCUGAGCUGGAAAAUACCAAUUUAUUUUUUUGUUUCAUCUUGUAUUAUUUUUUCUCUCUCAGGCUCCAUAUAGCUAGGGCUGGUUUUAGCUGGGUUCUUCAAAUAUUUCUAACUAGCUCAUGGCCCUGGUUGCACUUGCAGGGAAAGUGCACUUAAUUGUACUUCCUACGUGAAGUUAUGGUGUUUAAAACAAUUAAUUUUGAUAUGCAUUUGUUCUGUUCCUAUUGGAAAUGUUCAUAUUAUUUAUGAGAAAAACUUGUGCCCUGUACGUUGAUGCAGAAUUUAGUCUCAAUGUUCGUUGAACUUUUAUUUUUGUGUUUCGGUCAGUGAACAGAUUUCCUGUUGCAAGGAAACAAAACAUCUUUAUUUAGGAGCACUUCAAAGCUUUCUAGUGGCAGAUCACAAAUGCAGGAGUCCUGCAUCCAACAGAUCAACAGGCUAUGUUCCAAAUGCUGCAAGAUAUCCACAAUAGGCGGGUAAAAAAUAACUUUACAGGUGCCACAAACUCUGUGCGAAUUGUUUAUAAAAUCAUACCUAAAGCCAGUGGCAUCAGGGGAUGUUAAAAGAAAGAUUUCUACAUUUAAAAGGUUUCUAUCAAUGAAACUUGCAUAUCCCUGACCCCAUUGGCUUCAACAUUUCACAUGAAAUUCAGCAUAAGUAAUAAUUCUUCUUUUUACCAAAGGUUGAAUGUCAAAUAACGGAUUCCCUCAGUGCAUGGAUGUAAUCCUUCAUCGACGGGAUUUGGAUAUUGCUUUUCAAUUGCUUGUGCUACUCCUGGAAGCUGCUAAUCACCCAGCCUAUUGUAGCGUUGGGAAUGUUGAUUUCCGUGAGGAACAUUUUCCCAUAAACGGUCAGUGCUGUCUUUCGUAAAGCUGCCCUUCCUCUCCAUCCUGCAGAGAUGUACCACAUCUAAUUCCUCCAGUAAUGUAGGCUGAUGCUAGUGUAGAUGAUGCAUUAGAGCCCCCUGAAGAUCUAGCUCAGUUGUUCAAUGCCAAGAUCAGGAGAUAGACUUUAAUAUGAUGUAUUGAUUUAAAGGGAGAGUCCUGUUACCUGUACCAAUGGUCAGCUGUAUAAGUUAGGUUUAGAAUUCACCAAUAACGUGUGCCACAGUGCAGGUUCAUAGAAGUUGUGUAGUGCUCAGUGACCGUGUUCUGAAUUCAUUCCAGCUACUUGAUUUUAACAGAGAUUUCUGUUUUUUAAGUAUAGUUGAUUUAGAUUGGAAAGGUACUUUGUAAUAAUGAUACUCUUCUGACAUAGUCUUAAGUGGGCUCCAUUGUAACAAAGGACACGUUCCUUGCUGUUUACGUACGAGAUAAAGGUAAGAGCCAGCUUGGUCAUGGACCUCCAUUUGGUUUUUGCUCUGUGUCAGAGCAUUCGACAUGUUUGAUGACCAAGCAGGGUUAAAGAGUGGUUCACAAUAUGCUGGAGAUACAGGAUGUUGUGGAAUGGGGGAAGCCUCUCGUAUAAAGCACUAGGUGUGGCUCACUUGGAUGCAGGACUGCCUUCCAAAAAUGCAAACCCAGCACAUACACUUUUAGCUAGAAGUUGAAGCAUUUUGUUUUUGGUAAAUGAAUCAUUCUUAUAUAGAAUAAUGGGGGGAAAAAAAUCACUUUCUAAAUUUAAUUCACGAGCAUAUUUCACCUUCUUUUGCAAGAGUAGCUUUUGUAUAGAACUUCACAUUCCUGUUGCCUUCUGUUAAUAAAGUGCAUGUAAAAUGGAUGCAAUUCAAUUACAUUUUAACACCUACAAAGUCAAAAAGGUUAAAAAGCCCAAAUGUACCUGAGGAAGGGAGUUGCAAGCACUUCCACAUUAUAGCCAUAGGCAGUCUCGGCUGCUCCUUUUAUGUUAUAGGAUUGCUUUCAGUGAAAACCCUUAAUGGUGCUACUCUCCAUAAUGACUGAAAACGCGGCCUAUUUGGGAGAGAGUCACAAGAUGGAUGUGGCCCUUCGGUGCUGAACUAAGCUUCCUAUUGUCCAACUGCGUAGGGAAUUCAGAUAGGGCCAGGCAUUAUAAGUUCCAUGAAUGGAUGGGCAGGACAAUUGUAUACGGUGUUUUUCAGCCCAUAAUGAGAAAGCACAUGGGAAAACGCAUUGCGCAUGGUUGAGUUCUGAGCAAUCAUGAUGAUAGCUACAUUGCACUUUCAAAUCGGAGUUUAGUGUGGAUGAAUCAAUGACCAAGAAUCAGUUAUUAUAGUUCUAAGUAUUCAUUAUUUGAUAUAAAAACAGAAAUGCCAAAACACAGUGGAUCAAGCAGUGCCUGUGGAAAGAGAAAGCGAGUCUUUUCAUCUGAAACAUUCACUGCUGUUCUUUCCACAGAUGUUGUCUGGCCUGCUAAGAGUUUCCAGAAUUUUUUGUUUUUAUUUCCGAUUUCCAGCAUCUGCAAUUUUCUUUUUAAUCACCCAUUAUCUGUCCUUGCUAUAUAGCAAUUUGGAUUCAAUUCAGUUUCAUCAUAGCCUAAUUAUGAACGAGACUCAAAUCAAAUUGAAAUGUACAAACAACAUGAAUAUCAAGUCCAUGCCAAAAUCCCAAAUAUCUAUAUGGGAGCAUGUUUCUUCCAUGACUUUUCUUUAUCAUGGUAGAUUGUGUUAAAUGGAAUUAUGAUGCAGAAUGAAUAGCUUACACGAAAAUGAUAGUAUAUUGGUAAUGCUUUAUUCUGAACUAAAAUUUCAGCCGCCCAUUCUAUGGUGCUUCCUUCUCUUCCCACUUGCAGCUAACAAAAAGCUAACCAUACUUUACAGACUCAGCAGCUGACAAGCCAACCCCAUGCACAGAGGAAGUGAGCAAUUCCAAAUCCGAUGCAGCAUGUACUAACAUUGAGGUUUGAGUGAACUGCUGCUUAGGUGAGAUGGGAAAGCUGUAGCCUGAGGUUGGGGCUCUCACUCCAUUGUCCAUUCUGCACACACCCUUGGCUCUUGUAGAAAGAUGACAUUUUGGGCAGCUUUCAGCAAGAUCAUGCUUAGAGCACAUGUAAUAAAUAGCAACGUGUUAUACAGUUGUAGUAAAUGCUGGUCCAGGGUUGAUUAAAUAUAACUCACUAAAUCUUGUUGAAUCAGAUCCAUACAUUGCGUAGAAAAAGUUAGGAACUUCAAGAAGCUUCCUUAAAAUAAAUCAAAGCACGGAAUCAAAUGAAACAGCAUUGCUUUGCUAACAGCAAACAAAUCAUUGCUUUGUCCUAUAACUUCCUGUCAUCAACUAUCAUUACACAAUCAAUAUGUUCCCUGUAAACAGAACAGAUUACACUAUUAUCAAAACACACAUGGAAAGUCUAGAAAGAGUGAGGGUGAUUAGGAGUAUGUGACGUAAUGUGUUUAUCUAAUAUUUCUGGACAGGGUUACAAAAUUGUGAAAUUAUUUCCCCUUGGUUCCUACUGCAGAUGUCAAUAUGCAUCCUAAUCGUGGUGUCAGUACUGAAAAGUGAGACUCUCCAAGUAAAGUUCUGAAGUUACAUUUACAAAACAUCCAUUCUUCCUCCUUAACUUACUGCUGCUUCUUAGGCAUCUCUUGCGGUUGAGGAUUCUACCCAGAGGUCAGGGUGGUGGGUAGUGUGUGAAAUGGUACACUCCACCUGCUCCUGUAGUUGGGGGGUGGCUUAAGCUUCCUAGUAACUUCCUAGGUGCUGUUGCUCUUUUUUUAAGUCAUAUAUGAGGGAUUCCCAUAACUUGGGUGAUGAUGUUACACUUUUUCAAGGAAACUUUGAAAACUCUCUCAAGAUAUAUUUUCUGCCCUCCUGCAAAUCUCUUUCCAUGCCAAAGCUCCAAGUAGAUUGUUUAGCGCGAGCCAUGCAAACAAUGCAGCCCACCCAUUUGAGGAGUUGAUCUGAACCUUAAUGCAUAUUGGCCCAUCUGAUGGAAAAGCAUUGAAGGUAUCUCUCCAAUACUCAGAGAUGCUAACAUUGACACAGAUUAUAGAAUGACAGGAAUGACUGUGGCUUAGUUCACAAUGCAGCAGUGAUCCCUGCCACACAGUACAAUUCAGAAAGGUUAUUAAAACAUUACAGCAGGCUGUGAACACAAAUGCUCAUACCUGCAACACCAAAGGGGUGUGCAAAAGAUGACAGCUUGACAAUUCUGAGCAGAGCAUAGUUGCCUGCAGCAAGACAAUCCCAGCUACCCCAUUGACAAUCGAGGCACAUUCUGGAACUCGUGAUGCUAGGGACCACAGUAUACGUUCAAGAUAAGAGUCCAACCAUGAUGGAUGACUACAGGAAAAUAAGUCUGUUGUCCUUAAUGUCCAUGAGUUGCAGAGAUGUAUGGGCCACAGAAGUGUGGGCAUUUGAUAUUAUUUCAUACCCUACUGAUGCAGUAGAUCAUCACUUUGGGGGGGGGGGGGGGGAGACCAAUACUUUGGGUUAAAGAUGUAGAGUUAAAUGAAUUUGUUGCAUUCCAUACAGUGAAUUUAAUAAGCGCGUUCAGCCGGUAUUCAACUAACCAAGCGAUAACGUCUCUAAUCAUCACAUAACCUCCAAAAUGUAACUCCAGUAAUCAAAAAUUAUUUUUUUACCUAUUAUUUAGCAUGUAUUAAAUAAAAUAAUGAACCAGUAGGCAAUUAUCAUUGAUUUGGAGAGAGCAGCUUUAACCAACAUACAAUUAUCCGUCCCCUGCUGGAGGCCCAAUCUCAUUAUCAAAAAUAAGACUUUGUUAACCUCCGCCACAACAUAUUGUUGUGAGUGUUUUCACACUUCAAAGUAAUGCUGUUGCAUCCACCAAAAGUUACAUGGCACCAGGCAUUGAAAAGCUGGUGGUAAUAUCAACCCCCUGCAUAUUUAGCAAAUCCUGUCACCGACACAAUAUACUGCAUCUUUGACUCUUUGCUUUUGCUGUAAUCAGAGGGGGUCAAACUCCAGGAUCAAACAAGAUGUUCGCUCAGUGGUUCUGGUCACUCUCAAUUGAUGAUACUCUAUUUAUUAAUUAAUUUGUCUGAUUCACAGCAUGCAUUUUUGUCUCAGAUUUGCAUUGAGAAGAUUUUCACAAUGGCCCAACAAGCCAACCUCUGCAGCAAGCACAAAUCAUGGAGUUACAGCGUAGGCUCUGCACCAAUCCUUCGUUCACAGGCACCUCUGAUCCAGCUCCUGGGAGGUGAGGGAGAACAAGCUGCAGUGGCUUUUCCCCUUGCCUAUCUGCCGGGGCAUCAUGCAACAAUGCUCCCAUCCCCACCCUCCUUUGAAAUUUACAUCUUGCUCAACUUUGUAAAGUAGCAAUACGAUUAAGAUGCCUCAAGCUGCUGAGGCAUUGGAAUUUGCAUCUUGCCUUCAGGAUGCUCGGCCUCAGAUAGGUGGAUAUAUAUAUAUUGUAAUAAUUCGUUCCAAAACUUUAUAAGGAAAUGUGUUGCUAAUUAAACAAUAAGACUCAUCAAUACAUAUUCUUAUAAUUCACUUUUGUUAAUGGUAGUUGGCACCUUAACUUAGUAAAGGCUUUGUAGGGAACAGUUCUUACCCAAGACUUGGUUAUCAUGCACCUUUGAAAGCAGACACAAUGUAGUCAUGAUGUGGAGAGAGGGAACAUAGACUAAUGACAAACUGAUGAGUAGAUCUGUCCACUGAGCCACCAAGAGCUGGCCUCGUGCUGGACCAUUGUGCUGCACAGGUGACAAACAGGAAAACUUUUGUCUUGCAAUGGACAGCCUGGAGGUUUAUUCAAUCUGGUCCUCUGGAGAUAUUGCCUCCGUCAGUCUACAUUCAAGCUGGGCACUGGGCUUUUGUUUCAUAUCUUUGUUACCUUUGCUUUAAACAAUAAUGCAGAUAUCCCAAAAAAAUGUAUUUCUUGCGUCCAUUUCUGUUGAGGAAGUUGUGGGAUUUUGGAUAUGGACUUUGAAUAAUUUCUGGUGAGGCUGUCACUGGCUUCAGGGUCAGAGAGGCCAAGGAGUGCCCCCAAACCCAAUCAAUACAAUCGCCUUUCAAUUAUUAAUCUUUUUUCAAAUAUGUUGUCUUUAUACCAGGCAAAAAAUAUUUAUGUGCAUCAAAGCUUCACUGUGAUGGAGCAGCUGAAGUUUCCAACAGUAUUGGAACUUGAUGGGGCAUUUGAAGUAUUUGUGUAUCAUUUUGCUCUGAUCUGUUUAAAAUACUGAGACAUAGGAUGAUCAGAAGAAUGGAGUGUCGUAUAAUUGUACUGUUUGGUGUCUGAAUAACAUGCAGGUUCUGAAUGUACAAUUAUAUGUUAAUAUCUUAUUAUGGUGAACACAUAGACAAAUGAAGGAAGAUAGAGGCAGGGCAGCCUCAUUCAGCACAGGAGCUUGGCGUUAGUCUUCCAGGCAGUAGCUCAGAGGUGCAAGUAGGAGAGGUGGACCUUAAGAGUUUAAGUCUCAGGGCUCACCUACUUCACCCAAGAGGCUGAAAACAAUUAUAAAAUUUGGUAUGGACCCAAUUAUAACCUCUAGGGAAAACCUCAAUAGUCGUCAAUUAGGGAAAGUGACCAAAUUUCUACAGUAGAAAAAUGAGUGUUUGCUGACAAUGUGCAUCCCUCAACCCUUUCUGUUGUUAACGAUUUCCCCUUUUUAUAUUCAGAUGUAUUUAUCAAGGAUCCUCAACUUGAUGGGAAAUACUGGGCAUGUCCCCUCACGUUCUCCUGCCACUUCCACAUCACUGCAACAUGAGAACUGUUGGUUGCAUUAGCACAUGCACUGCACCAACAGGGCCUCAUUGCAGUGCCCAGGUUUAAAGCACAAGUGGUGUUGGGGAUGGUUAAUACUGAUACCAUUUACGACCAUAGCUGUGAGUUGACCUUGUAGCUAUCAUCUUACUUGUGGACCAGUCUUUGUGACAGACCACAUUCACACUUUUUGUAGGAGAAUGUCCAUACAGAUUGUUAUUGUUGAGAAGCAACUGGCACAUCUUGGGUAGAAAUAACUCGAUUUUUUAAAUGUUUAUUUUAGGUUAUCUGCAAUAUAGUUUGUUAAGUUGCAAAAUUCACAAUGAGAAUCCUCACGCUGCUUGAGUUUAGUUAAAAUAAAUUAAUUAAUGUAGGAAAUCUGCAGACCUGACUCAUCUUAAUUAGAGCUUUUCACAGUGCCACUCCUAAAUAGUAUGUCAAAAGCCAACAAACCAAACCUUGCUGCCAUCGCACAGUUAAUUUGUAUCGCACUGCUAGCUUUGAUCGUUGUUAGUAUCUGUCAGUCCUUGUAUGCAAUGCGGAGUCAAAAGAGAUUGAACACUUUUUUUGAGCAAAAUGAUAGGUUAGAUCUAAUAUAUUUGGGCUCAUUUAAAUAUUAUUUUAACGUAGUUUAAUUUUGAUCAAAUGAGAAAUGGAAUUAGAUAAUUAUGAUCUUUGGUCGAUGCCAAAAUAAAAUUGCUCAAGAGUUAGAACAUUGAAUAAUAAUAAAAAAAAUAAAAAAUUGCUGGAAAUGCACACAAGGUCAUGUGGAAUGAGUGAGAAGCUAGUUCAUUGAUCUGAAACAUUAACUCUCCUCCACAAAUGCUGUCUUACCAACUGAUGAUUUGCAGCAUUUUCUGGUUAUAUUUGAGAUUUCCAGCAUUUGCAGUUUUGUUUCGCUUUUAAAUUAAUUAGACCAUGACGUCUGAAUUAACAAGUUUCACUGGGUUAUUUUAUUUUAAAGGACCCUUUUGCUUUUGUGAUACAGUGUUUAAUGGUCCAAGUAUUUAUCUAUCAAUGCUCAGCUGAAUCAGUCCCUCUUGUACAUUACAAGUGUGGCGACAUUCCAAAAUUACUUCAUUGGAUGGGAAACUUUUUGGGAUAUCCCAAAACUGUAAAAGACCCUUCACAAACAUCUUUUAUUUGCUACCAAUUCCGAAUUGUAUGCGAUUCUGGAGCAAUUCUAGAUCUCAAAAGAUUACGUUUAUAUGCUCUUGUAUCGCUCAAAUCUCACGGGGCUGGUCACAGUUGAUCACUGCUGUUACUUUCACACUGUGGAUAAUCAAUCUGUUCUCUCCAACUGUGGGCCCACUGUCGGAUAUUUGUUUGCGUUUUACCAAAAUGUAUGGAAUUCUACAUGAAUAGGAUUCUUCUCUUCAGGGCUACUACCUGGCACAUGCUGUGACACAUCGUGUCAAAUAUUCACACAGGGAUUUCAUUGCCACUCUCUGGAGCUUCCAUCUCCUAACACAAAUAAUACUCAGGCAAUUAAAUGUCAUUCAUUCUGGUGAACAUCUCAACUGGAGGGAGGACCCAAGCAUUAAAUGUGGUGAUUCUUUUUGGUUUAUGCCUCAACCACUAAAGCUUUAUUUUUGUUUACUCAGUAACAAUAUUUAAUGAUCAUCACCCUUCAAAUGUCAAGUUGAACUGUUUUCCAAUUUAUCAGGUAGAAUCUUUCAACAGAAACAUUAAAAGCUCUUAAUAAAAUCAAGAUAUCAGCUCACAAAACUGGUAUACUGGGCAGGGGAUGGUACAUAUUAAUUCUGUUAAUGUUUUUUCAGAUAAAGAUCAGUUUUGUUUUAUUUCUCUGGGCAGACAGUUAUGUCCAUAUGAGGCAACAUAUUAUAAACAUCACUCUGCCCUGUCGGUCGAGUGUUUCUCGCAUUCCUGGGAUUUGGUCCCAGGAUCACCAUAUUCUGGAACAGUUUGGCAACAACAGACCAAUCUUCAAAGCCCACAAAACGAACAGAUAUAAGAACACCAACACAGCAGUCCUUUAUAGUGUUUUUUAAUAUAUCUAUAUGUACGUAUAUUUGUAUCCUUGGAAAUUUUGUCCAUUUUUAAAAGGCACUAUUUCACGUUUGAAAUGUACAGUAGCUUUUACCUGCCCGCAGUACAUUGGUAGUAUAAUGCUUACAAGUCCUGUUAAUUAAAUGAAGUGAAUGUGGAAUGUGAGUAGUCCUAUGUUGAUGUUCUUUUUUCUUGCUCCCCUCAUUGUUGCUGACUAGUUGCUUGCAAUUCCAUAAUGUAAAAGCAAAGCUUGCAAUGCGGUCUCUGUAGUCUGUGGCGUGCCCUGUGGACAGUGCACAUUGUGACAAUUGAUAUAUGUGGAAGGUAGAUACUAAAUAGAUUACUGUGGUUUAAGUGUUGAUCUUGGAGAAGGAUGCCUUUUCUCCAUCUCCCUUUAAUGGAAUUGUUUGUAAAAUGGUGACUGGUUUUUCUGCUCUAUAUUCUGAUGGUAUCUGGUGAUUUUGAGUUGUAUUUUUGUACACGCCACAACCUUGUCAUUGUUUAGUUUAAUAAACAACUUUGGUUUUUUUAA